AUCUGAAAUUUUUAAGACUGUAAUUUAAGAUUGAGAAUUUGAGGAUUAACAUCAUGAAUCAACGACAAAAAUUAGCCAAAUGCAUGCAUUUAAGAAAGUAAUCCGCAUAUUUUCACAAAGCAAAAUCACUUUGCCUCCCAUUAAGCCACAAAAGUAAUGGUUUCUCCUUAGGUUUGGUCACGACCUCAAAAAACCAAUAAAAGAGAGAUCUUCCAUUGGUUUUAUUGACACUGACGCAUAUAGAUCCUUAAGUCGGAAUAUAAGAAUUUACCUGUAUAUUGAAAAGUUCAGGGUUUGCAGGUGCACAACAGGUGCAUAUAGAUCCGCCCCUUACGUCGUCAACGUGUCAUACCGGAAACAGCAACGGUGAGAAGUUGUUCGAAUCAAACCCUAACAUUAUGAAGAAGCGUCAACUUGUUGCUCCUACUUCUGAGUCUAACUUGAAAAGGAUAAAGAAAGAAGAUAAAGGUAUUAAAAAAAAGAAAGAAGGUAGAAGGGUGGAGAAAGAGACAAAUGUUGACAUCAUUAAAUCUUUGAAUUUGCUGGAGGAUGACCAUGAUGGAGAAGGGUCUGACAUUGAUUCUCCUAUAAGCAAUGUUGCGGGAAGCUUGCAGCAAAAUUCUGAUGACAAUGAUUCUGGAUUAAUAGAAGGUUCUGAGACUGAAGAGGACAAUGAGUUUUCUCAUUCAGAUCAAGAGGAUAUUAGGACAAAUGGUGGAGCCACAUCUGAGGAUUCAGUGGAUUUGAGCUCUUUUGAUUUACAUUUGCAACAUAAUUUAUCAAAAGAAGAGAUUGACAACCAAAAGAAUUUGAAAUUCAGCUGGGAUGUACCAGUUAUUGGUGUCUCAAAUUGCACAUGGAGAGGAACUGGCCAAAAUAUCUUGAAGGAUUUUAAUAUCAACUCCUGUCCCGGUCUGAAGGAGAAGUUAUAUGAGCAUUGGAUGGAUGUCUCCAAGACAUCUGGAGGCAAAGAUAUUAAUUCACCAAAGCAGAAGAUGUUUUUCUCCCUCUGCAGCAGCUAUCGGGAUAUACUUCACUGUAACAAGAGACCAUUCUAUCUAAAAGGCCUUGAAGACACAAGCAUCAUGGAUGCAUACAUAAUGCAUUCUCUCAAUCACGUCUUCAAAACUAGAGAUUGUGUCAAAAAGAAUGAUUCCAAACUGGCUAGGCUUGAUGAGUGCGCUGAUAUUGAGAGAUUCCGAGAUCAAGGUUUUACUCGUCCUAAGGUUUUAAUUUUGUUGCCAUUUGCCAAUGUUGCGUACCGUGUUGUAAAGAGGCUUAUACAACUUACACCUUUGGCUUACAAGGUCAAUGUUGAGCACAUGGAUCGUUUUUCGGCUAAGUUUGGAGGUGAAGAAGAUAAAGGUGACAAGGAAAAUGGCGAAGAGCUUGAAAAUGCAUACCCUCAAGUGUCAUCCAAACCGUAUGACCAUAACCUACUUCUUGGAGGCAAUAAUGAGGAUGACUUUAUGAUUGGCAUCAAAUUUACUAGGAAGACAGUCAAGUUGUUCAGUGAUUUCCAUACCUCAGACUUCAUUAUUGCUUCGCCACUUUGUUUGCUUAAUAAAAUUGAAGAGACUGAAUGCAAUAAGGAAAAAGAUGUAGAUUUUCUUUCGUCCAUAGAGGUUCUUAUUAUUGAUCAUGCAGAUGUAAUGGCAAUGCAGAAUUGGUCUCAUGUGCAUACAGUUAUUGAACACUUAAACCGCUUACCAUCUACGCUGCCCAGAACAGAUGUUAUGCGCAUUAGACGAUGGUAUCUUGAUGAGCAAGCCAGAUUUUACAGGCAGACAAUAAUUCUGGGUUUUUAUUCAAAUCCAGAUAUAAACACUUCAUUCAAUCAACAGUGUUCUAAUUAUGAAGGGAAGGUGAAGUUGAAGUGUAAAUAUAAAGGUGUUAUGCAAAAAGUGCUCCCUAAAAUUCAACAGGUUUAUGUACGGUUUAAUGUAAAGUCAAUAGUUGAUGCGGAUGAUGAACGUUUUAAUUAUUUUGUUACGAAGGUUUUCCCAAGAAUAAAUGACUCUGAUCAGGGAGGAACCAUGAUAUUUGCCAGUUCUUACUUAGAAUUUAUUCGAAUCCGAAAUUUUUUGAAGUCCCAGAAUGCCUCCUUCUGUCUGUUUGGGGAGUAUAUGGCCAAAAAGGAUAUUUUUAGUGCACGUCGUUUGUUCACUGAAGGGAAAAGAAAAAUUAUGCUUUGCACAGAGAGAGCUCAUUUUUACCACAGAUUUAAGAAUAUUCGCGGGGUUAAGAAUCUAAUCAUGUAUUCACACCCAGAGAGGAAGGAGUUUUACCCUGAGAUUGCAAAUCUGCUUGACGGGUCUGAAAACCCUCUGUGCACCGCCCUUUUUUCACGCCUCGACAGGUCUCGGCUGGAAAGAAUUGUUGGAACUACUUGGGCAAAUAGGAUGGUGUCUUCAACGAAACCAGUUUUUGUUUUUUGCUAUUAGUGUUAUGUUGUACUCCAUAGUUGCACCAAUGCAAAGCAACCCAAGAGGCCCUUGACAAAGAUAUCGACGAGAUUAUAUUUGGUUUUCCUGGGGAGGCUUGAACUUGAAGAAAUAAAUGAUAGUAGCUCUUACCGAACAAAAAUCAUGGAGGAUAACUUAUUCUUACCCACCUUGGUUUAUUCAACUACAAAAAUUUAGAAUUGCCAGGGUCAACUCUCAGAAUACAUUGGGAGUUGAAUGGUCUUUGGUUAUUUAUUUAUUUUUUAUUGCAAUGAAUGAAAUAUUAAAUCAGUUUAUUGGUCUUUGGUUAUUUAUUUAUUUUUGUUGAAAUCUAUACUUACUUUUUGGUGAUUA